AUGGAAAAUACAUCAUACAAUGCAUACAUGAGCGAAGUGCAAUCACCCAACACGACAUACAACGACUCUAACGUGAAGGAGGCGAGGGACAAUGAAAGCUCCAUCAACUGUUACAACUUUAGUCAAACAAUAAAUCCCUAUCGCGAGUACGUGAAUGAUGAGAGCGCUGCUCCUCAUAGGGCAGAAGGCGACAACGACACUGUAAAAGUAGCCAGCACCUACGGAAGCGUGGGCAAGCCGGUCAUGAGCAACGUAACCAGUGUGAGCGGCAUGGCCAACGGGAGCGGCAGCUCCAGCGCCAACUGCCCGGAGGACACCCUAAUAAACGGCUCCGUCGACCCCAGUGCUGCAGCUAACAACGGCAGCAACUAUCAGCACCUCGUCCAUAAUUACAUGUACAGUCAAAACGGAGGAAACCCUAACGGUGACAGUGGCAACACAGGCGUGGUUGGCAACACAGACGGGAUUGGCAACUCGCAGGAAGAGAGUAACAACAAUUGCCCCUCGAGCAACGCCCCUAAUGGAAUGGAUGGCAACGUGGUCAAAGACACCGAGGAUGAAACGAAUGGCGAAGUCCAGGAGGUCUCCUUGGAAUCACCAAAUGGAGUGUACUCAGAUCAGAUGGACUGUCAGAAUGGCACUCACAUGAAUAAUCAGUUUUCUCAUUUUGCAAAUAUCACAGAUGCGAACACAGCGAAUGGAAGUAGUAACGCCCCUUACGAUGCAGACUUUAUCGGUAGCGACAACUCAGCGAAUCUAAUCGAUUUUGAAAAGAGAGGAGGCAACAACAGUGACAUCCCCCCAGCGGUUCUAGAGUAUCUUAACUACUACAGGAAGUAUGGCAAUGGGUACAGCAAUGGGUAUGGCGGUGCUGAGUAUGGCGGCGGUGAGUUCGAGAGCCGCGCGUAUGGGAGUGGCAGUCAAGGAAGUGGCGAUCAUGGGAGUGGCGGUCAAGGAAGUGACGGUCAAGGAAGUGGCGAUCAUGGAAGUGGCGACCAUGGAAGUGGCGACCAUGGAAGUGGCGGCCAUGGCAAGGAUGCCAACGAGAAGGAAGAAGAAUUUUAUUCGAUGAAUAACGCCACCUCCCCCAGGGGUGCAACCUUAUUGAACGAUGGCAGCAACGGUGAUGACAACACAAGCAAGUGUAGAAUUCAGAGAAGCAACAUGAACUACCAUCACUCAUCGAACAAAUAUUUUGAGAAUCGAGUUUCAGGAGGAGUUAUUCCCUCCUAUGGGAAAGAUAAAAUAAUGAGCAUGACAAAUGGUAACAACAUUAUCAACACGAACGCAACGUCGACUACGACUACGACCUCCACCACGGCGACGAGCAAGGAUGUCAGUUAUUAUGGACCAUUGCAUCCCGAACAUAGUAGCAGCCAAGUUUUUUUAAAUAGCGAGUUUAAUCAAAUGGGGGAGGAGGAAAUGGAGGGACAUGAGGCCGAAGAAGAUGGCGCGAAAAAAUGGCAACGGUUUAACAAUCAGAGAGCUACGAACAGCGCCUUCCCCAUGAUGGGUAGCACCAACGACGGUGCAGGUAACAGCGUUCACAAUGGUGGGGCCAUGCAUAGUGGGGCCCACUUUAACGAGCCAAACGGUUAUUACCACAAUGGUAUGUACAGCACGAAUGGUGGAAGCGGGAUGGGGGAUGUCCGAGUGGGGGGUGACCGAAUGGAGGAGCCCGGCGCAUCAGUACAGACGCAGAUGGGCAGGGGGUACUACCAGGGAAUGAACCUCAGCGACUAUCGCAAGUUAAACAAGGGGAUUACCAAGGUAGCGAGAAGGGGAAGGAAGAAGAAGAGCGAGAGUGGCAUCGAUUCCAUCGCCGCCACCGGAAGAGAGGAGCACACCAUGCGGAGCUGCAACAGCCGCCGUAGGAGUCUCCGCAGCAGUCACCGCAGCAGCUACCGGGGCACUCGGCGCGGUAGUCGUUUGGGCAGCCUCCGGGGCAGUCGUCGGAGGAGCCGUCGCGGCAGCGGCAUAGGGACCACCCUGGGGGCCAGCAUCGGCACCAGCAUUGGCAGCAACAUCGGUACCAGCAUCGGCACCAACAUAGGCUUAAACUACAGCAUUAGCGGUACCCCCAAUUACACCGCGAGCCGUGUCCUUCCUCCCCCCACCAACAAUCAAGCCAAACCAAAGAAUUACCAUUUUUUCAAUACGUCCUUCUCAUUUGUAAAAAAAGAAUAUAAUUUUAAUUCCAGCAUUCGAAGAAAUUAUAUCUCCUUUAGGAGCAACUAUUAUGGAAAUAGGAAGCUGUGGUUGAAGUUGAAUAUGCGAAAACGUGUAUCGCUGGUAAAGCUGCAAAAGGUGAGGGAAGAAGAAGCUACUAUCAAAUGGUGGGAAAGUUGAAUGGUUUUGAUGAUGGGAGUAACGAACGAAGAAGACGAUGAGGAGAACUAUAACCUGAACAAGAAUGUAAAGAGAAGGAGGAGAAAGAGAAGAAAAGGAGUACUUACAGUAGUUAAUAGUAAAACGAAGGGAACUCGUGGAAGGAAGAGACUAAAUACUGAUGAUAGGAGAAGGACAGUUGGAGGUGUAGGAAGAGGAAGAGGGAGAGGUAGAGGAGCAGGAUUAAACAGAGGUACCACCACAACGACCAGUAGACUGCAUAAUACCUCACUAGGAAUAAUGCGCAUCAGUGGUAGUAGUACCCGGGGUGGUAGCAACGUAACCCAUAGGUAUAGGAACUCUUCGUCGAUGCGGCACACCGGGGAUGCAAAUACAAUCUCCACCAGCACAAAGAACCACUACAUGAUUAACAACAGCGCAAUGGAAGACUUCUCAGACGAAGCGUUCCUUCACGACAUUGUGAGAGGAAUCAAAUCGGAUGAUGAGUGCAUAUACAAAGCUGAAAGGGAUAGCAGCAGAAGGGAGAUACACAAAAUAAUGGCGAAGGAAACUAAAAUAAAACUCUGCAGUGACAACAACGUGCAUCUGUGUAAGUACCUAAGUGAUGAUGAUUUAACGUAUGAGCUUUAUUGCAAUUAUUUUUUUAAAAAUUUGGGUAGCGUCACUGUGGCUAGCUACUUCAGAUAUUUCAAGAUUGUAAACAAGAAGAGGCUUAAAUUGAAGGCGAAGCGCAUGUCACCGAAUCUGAGCUUCAACUACGAGACCUUCCUCACGUCCAUCGUUAGCACCAAUGAGUGGAAGCGCCGGGGGGAAGCAGAAUCCAAAGCGGAAGUGGCGCAGCGGGGGAACGAUGCGAAUGAUACGAACGAUGCGAAAGAGGCACGCGACCAAAAUGGAGAAACCUGCGCGAAGGAGGAGCCCAAAGAGGAUGCUGCCCCAAAAGUGGAAGAAGCGGACGGAUCAGGCGAAGCGGACAAAGGGGACGAAGCGAACGAAGCAGACGAAGCGAACGAAGCAGACGAAGCGAACGAAGCAGACGAAGCGAACGAAGCAGACGAAGCGAACAAAGCAGGUGUAGCGAACGAAGCAGACGAAGCGAACGAAACGAACGAAGCCAAUCAAGCCAACCAAUCGAGCACAGAAAAGUGCACCCCUCAGCAGCUGCUCAAUCAGGACAGCGAGGAUCUGCUCGAGUGCAUCCCAAUAAGCCCCAUCUUCCACUUCUUUAUUGAAAAUAACACCCUGGUGACAUGCUUCGAUAGCAUCCUCAAAAAUAAAGUAGUUAAAACGGAGUAUAUUAACUGCCUCAGGGGAGUGUUGCUCCAUUUGAGGGAGAAAUUUGGCGAUGUUGUGUUGUCACCUCAUUACCGUGGAAGGGGGCACCGACUGGUCCAUCAUUACAACGAAGGGUAUACCCAAGGGGAGUUGGAAGAUAUCGGCAAGUACUUCAAGCAGGGCUAUGAGGAGGAAGAAGAGAGUGGUGCCGCUGGAGGAGGAGCACAUGGCAAUGCCGCCAACGGGUACUCCCUGAGGAGGAAGGGAGCCAAUGGGGAGAAAUUCAGCUACCGUAAUUUUGAGCAAAAGUAUAGCAAUAAAUAUUUUAUUAAUGACGAUGCGUACCCUACGAAGGAGGCGUGCAUGAGUGGAAAGCGAAGAAAGAGUCACCAAGAGCAGCAGCAGACGCAGCAGACGCAGCAGACGCAGCAGAUGCAGGAGAUGCAACAGAUGCAGCAAAUGCAGCAGAUGCAAUUGCAGCAGCAGAUGAUGAUGGCGGGACAGGGCAUGUACCCACCGAUGCAGCGCUUCUACAACAGAGGAGGAGAGGAGGGAGAAGACUUCGAGGACAUGGAAGCCAUGAGACUUCACCCCCAUAUGAUGCGGGGAGACAUAAGCAGCAGCAUGAUGAACAACAGCAUGGUGAACAGCAGCAUGAUGAACAACAGCAUGGUGAACAGCAGCAUGAUGAACAGCAGCGUGAUGAACAGCAGCAUGAUGAACAACGGCAUGAUGAACAGCAGCAUGAUGAACAGCAACAGUGCAAAUGCCCACAGCGGAAUCUACCACAACGAUCACAUGAACGUAGGCCAGUUUUACAUCAAGGGAGAAGUGAACGAUGGUAAUGAUGAGAGUUACCAUUACGACGUUGACGAAAUGGGAAGGAGGAAAGCUGCAAGAGGAGGAGCAGCAGCAGGAGGAGGGGUGCAUAUUAUAGGAGAUCACAACAACAGUGGUGAGCAUAGCGAGUACCACCACCACGGAAUGAUGAUGGUAGAUAUAAAGGAUGAACGGUCAUUGGAAAAUAAUCAGCAUGAGCAGCAUGGGUUGAGGAUGACGAUGACAACGACGGCGACCACUACCCCUACCCCUUGUAUUGACACAGAUGGGGGAAAGAGCAGCUUUGGAGGUAUAGAAGGUACGAAUGACAUAGGGGGAAGUGCGGCAGGAGGUUUGAACACCUCGGCAUCGACCAAUGAUAACAGUACCAUGGGAUUGGCCCUAGAUAGCAUAGGAGGCAUGGAUGGAAAAAUAAAGUAUAAAAAUAAAGGGCAUCAGAAAAUGGAAGGAAAGGAGAAGGUAAAGAGGAGAAGGAGAAGCCAUUUAAACAAAAACAAUCAAGAUAUGAUAAAGACGUAUGGUGGAAUAUUGAAGGACAAUCCAAAUAACUUUAUGUAUAAAAAUUUGGCUAUACAAAAAAAGGCUAAUAAUUACUCGUGUUUAAAUUACAAGGAAAUAAAGGACAUGCUGAAGGACCUGACUGUGUUGAAGAGUGGUGCGAACUGGAAGACAUACAAGAUGGAGGACGUACCGAGCGAGUUGUAUAAAAAUAUUCGUCCGAUUAAUCAACGAGUGACAGGGUUUAAGACCGUGUUGCUUGUGGAUGAGCUUUUCGAGAGACUGUGGGAGUUCCCCAGCACGGAUAUCAUUAAGGUUCGGACCGUCACUCGUGGGGAUCAGUUCAUCGGCGACAUUCGAAUCGACUUUUACUACCGCCAGAGCGAGCGCACGCUGUGCCGCGCGUGUGGCCGCCACAUCCUCAAGCAGAAGUUCGCCACGGAGCACUACCAGAGGAAUACAAACUGCUGGAAGGAGGUCAUGUGGAGACUGGGUAUCCCCGAGUUGCACUACUACAACUCAGUUCGUAACGACAUCUUCGACGCGCGCAUCCUCAACAUGGAGAAUAACAGCGAGCAGGCGGUGCUGGAUCGAACGCUGACGCUGUACAACCAAGAGCUAAUCAAAAAGGCAACCGAUUUUGUAAAUGACGAGCUCAAGUACUACGAGGAAAACGUUGUCACCAAACCGAGAAAGAAUAAAGCAGGAGGAGCCAACCAGUGUUUUGAAUUAGAUAUUUUAAUCCUCGACGAUAACAACAUUAUCCUCCCAACAGUGAAGAAUGAGCUAGACGAACCCUAUUUUGAAAUUUCAGGUAUUUACCCGAAUAAUGGAUUUCCUGAUGAAAAUUACUCCAAAAAUUUUUGCUUUAUAAAAAUAACCUUUAAUAAGCUUGGAGGAAUGGUAUUGCGAGAUCUCUUCACACUCGAGUGUGAAUUCCUUGUCGAUUGGGGAGACAACCUACUCAUACAAGCAAAGAAGUACACACUACAUGAGGUAUAUAAUACAUCUGAAUCACAUGACAUCAAUUUGAGAAAUUUGUAUGAUCAAGGAUUUGCUUACUUACGUUGUAACAUACCUCAGAAGAGUAACGGUAAGGUGAAUUUAAAGGUGAGGAUUCCAAAGACAGUGUGGCAUUACUGGGAAGCUAUUGCAGAUGAGACACUCAAAAUUAAUUAUGAGUUUUUGGACAAGCAUAGUGUGCAUAGGCAGCUGCUUUUCUGUUCCUAUUUGGAUAAUGUGAAUAAAAAUUUCACUGCCUAUGUGAAGAACUCCUCCAAGGGGGGGGUGGCUGACUGUGGCAACAACUACGGCAUGAACAACGAGUCGCACCACCCCACAUCGCGCGCGCACCACCACCCGCACCACGGCACGCAUCACUCGAGCCACCACCACGGAAGCAGUCACCACGGAAGCAAUCACCUCGCUGGUAACCACCACCCGCAUCACCACCCGCACCACGGUGGCAACGGAUCCAACGGCAUCUCGUUCGACUAUCCAAAAAUGGAGGAAGAGGAGGAGGACUACUCCCACAGGACGUCCUUCAUCGAGGGCAAAAAAAGCAAAGGGGGUAGCUCCAGCGGAAGCGGCAACGGUAAUGGAAGCUGUAACGGAGGUGGUAGUGGAGGCGCUAACGCAGGAGCUAACGGAGGAGCUAACGGAGGUGCUAACGGAGGCGGCAACAACAACGGCAGUGGCAGCCCAAACCACCACCACCACACAUUGGAACACAUGUCUGCAGGAGGCAAGGUCAUGCAUUACGGAUAUACUUCACCCAAAUCGGAGAUUAACAAUCACAGCAGCAGCAUGAACAACGGGAGAGUCAUGUAUUGCCAAAAUAAUUCGUACAGUACCUUGGACUACGCAUUAAUAAAUAACGUCCCCCACCAGGCCUUCCCCAGCUAUAGCAUGAGUAACAUGCAAAACGAUUCGGACACCAAUUUUUCUAAGAACUUCGACCAGUACAGCUCGCACAUGGAGCUGAACUACUGA